UGCAUCUUUUUAUACUGCUGCCUUCAAUGCAAUGGAGCCAAGCGAAAUCGCUGUUGAUUAGUGUGUGGUUGUGAUUGUUAUAAAGUCAGUUCCAAAAUUUGGCUGAUUUAAUUGGAUUAUUUGGAUACUCGCGUGUGGAACAGUAAUAAGUUUGAAGGUGUGGGAUCAAUUGAACGGUUGAUUGGUUUCGAAGUCUCUGUUCAGUCGCCCCUGGCGAACAAUAUGACGAAAUCAGGAAAACGAGUUGCAAAGAAACGACCAGCUCGAAGAAAAAAAUGGACCACGCCCAGUGCGGAGAUGAAGGAGCAGCAGAACCUUCUCCCACCAUCACCACCCUCGGCAGCGUCGUCCCCGUCGUCAUCUUUCCUCCCAGAGGUUGAAGGAGUUGAAGAAGGUGGAGGGGGCGAAGACCCGGUGAUACGAAUGAUGAAUCCCCCCGAAAUAUCCCCACUCUGCACACCGAAUACAGAAGCUAUGGAAAAAGAAGACGAAGAUCUGCAUUGUCUCAUCUUAUCGUGUUCAAUUUGUACUACAGAGUUUCCUGCCAACGAGGAACCGAAAGUACGGUUUCCGGGGUCGUCAGAUGAAGAUUGGAAGGACUUGGUGUUUCGUGCCCUUUGUAUGCACUUAAAUAUCCAAGAUUUUUAUGAGAAGAUUGUGUCUACUGAGAACGGAAUAAAUGCAGCGAUGAUGGCAUUUCACAUGUGCCAAGAAUGCCUGUUGUAUGGUUGGCGAUUAGUAGAACUCGACCAAUAUCUGAGCACCUUGAAAACAGAAAUAAACAGUUUGGCAGAUUCUUUUCGAACCAUAAUCAGUACGUUUAUGUCACCAACAGAAAACGAUGAUCAUAAUGGAGAGGUGGAGGUUGGUCUCGUAUUUAUGAGGAACUUUAAGACAUUAGCUACCCAAAGUGCUCCUCUGAUUGGUACUGUUGAGGAAUCCAAUGUGAUGGAUGAUUUGAACUUGAAUUACACUCUUGAUGACGUUGUCGAUGGAAUAUUAAACGAGCCCACGUUCGCAAACACGGAGGAAUUACAAGAAGAACCCGUAAAUGACAAGGAUGAACUGAGCUUGAACGAGUCGUCGAUAUCCAACGGCAAUGACACACAAGAAGAAGAGUUAUUAUUCAUGAAUGGCACCGAGGGCACAGAAGGACACUUUAAUGAUGAUGAUAAUGAAGAUGAAUUUGAUAGGAUAUUGUCACCUUCGCCACCUUAUUCCCCGUUGUCACCGCUAUUUAUGGAGGAUACGAGUGUGACGAUUCACGAUUCGUUAAAUAUGAACGGGGAGGAUUCUUCCCUUGGCCACAACGACUUCAUACAAGAAGAAGAAGGGGAAGGAAAUACCAGGUCAACGUGUGACGUCGAUGAUCUGUUUGUUGACAAAAUGUGUGAAAAUGCUUCCCCAUCAUUUUAUCCUACUAUGGAAGAUCUACCGACUCCAGUUGUUCAGCCGUGUAGCCGUAGAGUGGAUCGUAAUCGUAAAACGAGACUAUCUCCUAAACCGAAACGUGAACCACUGAAAAAAAUUAAAUCGAAACGAAUAAGUAAAGUCGGAAAGCAGAAAAAAGAUAAAGUAACCUUAUCGAAAAGAAACUCCACCCCACGUCGAUGUGCCGUCCAUAAAAAUAAUAAGACCAAGAAGAUUGUCAAUUCUUCAGGCGCUCCACGAAGAUUACGAAUAAGCAAAAAAGUUAUUGCCUCUUUGCCCUCAAAAGAUGUUGAAGCCUACAAAAUUCUGACGAGACUGGGCAUUCCUUUUCAAUUGGUUCAAGUUAAAGUUGAAAAUCUAAGUUUGCAAAAUGUUUUGAACAAUGGGAUUAUAACGAUGGAGGAUGAAUCUCCUGGUGGUAAAUCGAAACAUGUGGUUCGCGUUAAUUCUGUAUAUUAUGAUGAACUUUUUGAUAUAAAGAUUGACCAACGAAUUAGAACCUCCCCUACUAGGCAUUCCCCCCGCUCAACUUGUAAAAAAGCCACAAAACCGAAAUCUCGUGCUCUUCUUGACCCCAACAGCAGCAUCGUCCCGAUAGUUAAUGAAAAUGAAAUGGUUAAGGAACUGAGCAUAUCACCAAUCAGCACCACAAGAGAACAAGAGAUAAAGUUUGGAGAUUCUCAUCGAGAAAUAAAUCAUACAAGAUACAUUAGUCCACAAAACAAUGAUGAUUUUCGUUCAAUACAAAUUCACUCCCCUGUUCUACAGCUGCAGAAUGGAUCAAAUGGAGAUGUUUCUUCGACUUGCAACAAUCUGCCCCCACUGUUACAACCAGUUGACCCUUUCAAUGACAAGGGCGACAUAUCCUCGUCUUCAGAAAACGAUCUGACUUGUCAAGCUCCAUGCCUUGCUCCCUAUUUUAUCACUGCUGAUAAUAGUAAUGAUGCUAAUCGUCAUCAACUUGGCUAAUUCUAAAAUAUUUUCUUAUUCAUCAAUGUUGAUAAGAACAUGCAAAAGAUUCUUAUUUCUUUCUACUUAUGCAUUGUAACUUUGUUAUCAUUAUUGAACUUGUGCAUUCUUAUGUUUUUCUGCAACUUAUCCAGUUAUGUUUAUGCUACUCGAGAUUUAAUAUAUACUGACACACAACAUAGACCUGUAUGAAAUAAAGACUAGUUUUUAAUAAAAAAAA